AUCGGAAUCCAAUUCCAAGAGCGAGAGGUAGGUAUCCUUGGAGGAGAGGGGGAGGGGGAUCCUCCUCGCCGCUCCGCUUUCCAUGGCGGCCGCCCCCGCCCCUCCGCCGCCGGAAGCGUCCCCGCCGCCCCUCGACGCCUCUGCCUCCGCCUCCGCCUCCGCCUCCGACGACGAGUGGGAUGCGGAUGGAUUUGUUAUUCCUGAUGUGACUAUUCAAGAUGAUGAUGAUGAUGUUACUACACACAGUGUCCCCAAAGCAAGGGAUCCUGAACCUACACAGGCAAAAGAGGAGAAGAUAUACUUGGGACCUCAUGGGGCGCCCCCAUCAGGAGCAAAGCAGCAGCAACUUAACACAGUUGGCCGUAAGCAGAGUUUCAGGAACAAGCUGAAGGAAGCAGAUAGGAAAUUCAGUGGCAAUGCUCAGGAGAACAAGGUGGAAAGCCUAAGACAGCUCAUGGGGGCUGUAACAACAGAUAGUAGGGGUAUGGCGAAGAGUUCUCGUCGCGACUGGCUUGACCCACACUGUCGUGAGUCGGAGUUUGAUAGGAAACCGCGCUAGCUAGGUGGAUGCCGUAUGCCCGUAUGAUGUGUCCUUUUGCGCAAAAGCUUUAACUGUAUACUGCUGUGGGCUACUGGCCACGCCCGAAAAACAUGUCUUUGUUACCUGCAAGUUUAUGAGAGGAAAUGGCCAACGGUAUUUUAUGGUA